AUGUCAUCUCUGAAUAAUCAAUGGCUCUCACAAGCGGAUGAAUCACAUGAAUUCAACAAAUGGGCACAAGUAAACUAUACCAGUCUGUUGCAAUGGUUGCUUGACAAAUACUUAGAUGAACAAAACUCUCCCUGCUGGGAAGACGCAAUCCAAGACCCACUCUUUGGCAAUCUAUGGCUGGAAGGCGGACAAGCCAAAAUGAAGAGACUAAUAGACGAUGAUGUAUUUGACACCAUACUACAAGCUGAAGUACCAAGAGGACACAAAAUUCUGGGAUUGCAAAAUGUCACAAAGCUGAAGUUAAAUCAUGACAGAACUCCAAUCUUCAAAGUUUGCACGGUCGUUCAAGGACACCAACAGGAACCUGGUACAUCAUAUAACAACACUUUUUCCAACACCCCAGCUUUUGAAGCCUUUUGCAUAAUGAUUGCAGCAGCGGCCCACCAUGAUUUCAACGCACAUAUUAUAGACGUUACCGGAGCAUACACACACGCACCUAUUGAUUGA